GGUGCGUGUAUGCGAGCCCUCGCCGAUCGGCCGAGUCCAAGGAGGCAGAGAUAUUUAUGAAAAAAUAAUACCAUACCACUCGACUGUGUAUGCUGCUAACGUUUAGUCACAUCGCCCAUCCUCUCUCGCGGGUUGAUUUCAAAGUGCUUCUUCAACGCACAAGACAAAAUGAGUUUAAAUGGAAAACAUUAAGCGUGCAGCACGGUUUCGGGAAGAAUAGUUUUCGGUUUUAUAUCAGCGGUAAAUCAGUUUGAAAUUAAAGUGUUUUGGUUCUUUGUUUGGAAAAGUGUCUUUGGUUUGAACCUGUGCGGGGGUACUUUUUUUUGCGGAGAGUGGAAACACUGAACAAUUUUAUCAGUUUCUCGGGUGGACACGGAGAGUAUCAAGUCGGACCGCACUUGUGAAGUGAAACUCAACAGUGACAGUAGACUGCGCGGUAGUUGAAUGUGUGAGCGUAUUGAAUGUGUAGAAAUUACGAAAAUAAUUCAAUAAUGGCGCACGGACUACAUUCGAUGAUAAAAAGUGAAAUUGGAUGCAGCAACAGCAAACCACGGAUGGAACAGCAACGGCCCGGAGGAGGAGCGGUUGGAAACAGUUCAGGAACUGCCGGAAAGAUGGGUUCCCGAAGGAUCUUUCCGCCUCAGUUUAAACUGCAGGUGCUGGACUCGUACAGAAACGACAGUGAUUGCAAGGGGAACCAGAGAGCUACGGCACGCAAAUACGGUAUCCAUCGAAGACAGAUUCAGAAAUGGCUGCAGGUGGAAAAUAAUCUUCGCUCGGCAGCUGCCAACAGUGCCUCCAAUGGAACGGCGGUCAGUGCGAUGAAAAUCAAUCUAAUGAGCAAUAGUGGCAAUCAUCAUCCGCCACAGUUCCAGCUUCAUCAUCCACACCAUCACAUUCACCAACAGAAUCUGAAUUCCAUUGAACUAAAAGUGCCUCUGGAUUCAACCAGACACCGCGUCGCUCAAAACGCCACCUCCAACAACAAUAACAACAACAUCAACGGCAACAGCAAAGAGAGCAGCGUCAGCGCUUGUAUAAUAUCGCCCGUUCCUACUCACACAAUGCCGUCGCCGUUCUCACAUCCACAUGAAACGUCGUCGUCGUCGUCGUCAGCAAGUCUAUCGGUACUUAAACCACACAGCCGGGAAUCGGCGGCAACGGUGACAGCAACGGCACUGGUAAGCCAAGUGUUGCGGCCAAAUUUUUCACCUGUCUCGGGCGAUUUUCCAGCCGUCGCGACGCCGACCCACCAUCAUUCGGCGGGCUAUGAGCAGCAGCUCAAUCUGCUCGACACAUACUAUCACUAUCACUACAGCAAAUAUGCGAGCGAUUGUCCGAUUGAUCUUUCACUGCCGCAGCCAUUCCGCGGCAGGAUGGAUCAAGCUCUCUCGCCCUGCUCCACCAUCUCGUCGGUGUACUCGUCGCGGCCACGAUCUCCGACACCUGCACCACCAGUUCAAAUCAAGUGUGAAGUGCGUGAUCCCAGCGAAGACUGCGAAGCGGUUGAUCUGUCCUGCCGAAAGCGCAAGUCCGCUGCGUCGGGGUGUGAUGAUUCUGCCGACGGUGCCAGUCCUCCCAAGUCGGUUAAACUCUUCAAGCCCUACCUACUGGAUGAGAAGGAUGACGAAAAGGAUUCAUCCAUUUAUUCACCGGUCGCCGCCGAAUCACCGAAGGAUGCCGUCGGUUCUGCGGGGAGGCUAGAUUAUCCGAUCAUUUGGAACUUUCAUGCUCACCAGCAGCAGCGUUACUACGAGAACCUGUACGAGUGCAGCAGCGGACCGUACGCCUAUCCGCCAAGUCCUCCCUAUGGCAAGCAGCCACUUACUCCCAUCCCCAGAACCGCCUACAGUACCUUAUCCCCGUCCCCACCGAGCAGUGGUGUCUGGGCAGCACCUCAGGCUUCACCCGUUUCCGGCUAUGACAGUUCUACCUCGAUCUCGUCCGUCUACAGCACCGACGGCAACGACGACGGAUACAGUUACAGCUACCGCCUUGAACUGAAGCAGCAAGCCAUCGACAGCUACUACCACGAUGUGAGCUGUCGCGGUGACUUCCGAGCCGUGGCAUCCAAGUACAACAUCAACCGGAAGUACGUCGAGAAGUGGCUGGCACAGGACGAACAUCUGGCCACCGGUGUCGUCAGCAGCAGCAAUCAACCGCCGCCCCUACCGCCUCAGGUAGUGGUCGGAGCCAGGAUUUCGUUUCGGAAUGCGUUUUAUCUUCUAAACACACAAGUAUAUACGAUUAAUCCUGUGAUUUUUCCACGGUCGCCUUCGAUCAUGUAAUGAUCGACCGAGCCGCAUCUUUUCUUUAUUUUCGUCGUUCGGAGGAUAGAGCAUGCUCCGAGUCCACAGGGACUUUGUUGAAAAACUGAAAUGUGAUAUUUAUAACCUAUACAUAUGAGCGUAUCAUGUAAGUUUGUCAGGAUUAGCAGCUAGGAUGGGAGUUUUGUACAAAGUGACGGGAAGGGGGAACGUUGGAGUGGACCGUAGUUUGAGAAUCGCGGUCGUGUCGCAAUAUCAUCUAACCGAGAGCAGGUCUCUUAUCAUGAUUUGGUACCUGAGCGAAUCUGCCAAUAUUCAACCGACGAGUAAUGAUGCAGCUUCCCAUAAAACAAGGACCCACACAAGAUGCUGUUCACCUAAUUACCAUAACAAAAGUUCUUCAUCGGUUUCGAAACCUGCAAACCGAGCGGGUGGCCUGCGAAAGCUGUUAAGAUCUUUAAACAUUCUUUUUUCCGCCCUUCACACACACAGGUGUUAUGAACCUUUGGCAGAGGACUCCGCCUCAAAAAAUAAAUGCUAUUGCCAGGAUCGCAGGUAGAUUCGUGUUUGCCCAGAUCUCUCACCGUCCGUUCACCGAUGCGACGGUUGAACAAAUCACAGGUGCCAUAUAUAGUUUCUAGCAAGUUAGUCCGCAUGCCAAGUGCAAAAAGAAAAUCUAGGGGCUGGAAUAAUCUACACUUUUCUCGGUGCAGAGAUGCACUCCAUAAAAUCCGAAGGCAAUAAAAGCAACACCUUUCUCGGCAGGUCUCCCAACACCAGAGAAGGGAUGGGUAUUUCCCAUAAUUCCCUCUCGCCGUAAUUAGUGAACCGCUUUGUGCCGCCUGUUCGCCACAUACUUGUUGUCCUUUCUCUGCACCCUGUUUGCUUGCCCUAAUUUCAACCUGGCAGCUCCUGCAGGAACCGCCAUCUUGUACCACCAAAUUUUUCCACAAAUCGUCGCAACGCCUUCUGCGAUUAAGCAACCAACGACAUCCUAACCGAUUGAUUUGACGCAAUACAGUACCGGUUGCAUCAUCCGACGUUUUCUAAAAUCUCCAACCAUGCACAGCAGCCUGAAUUGGCCCCCAUUAGAAAUUUUCGCGCAAAAUUGCAACUAAAAUUAGGUGAAUGGAUGAACAAUCGUCACGUAAACUAGGAAAACUAAAGGUGCCACUAAUUGCCCACACAGUUGCACCCCCCCCCCCCUUCCCUACCCAACACUUACCUACGACCGGGUGGUCAAUCGUCGUCAGCCUCGGGUAUUUUUCCUUCUUCUAUUUUUCAAGUGCCACCUUACGUUACACGGGCAAAUAAACAAGAAAAAAUAGUCGUCACCGUCGACGUCGUCGUUGUCGUAAGUACAUUUCGUAUACAGUAUAAAUUGCGCCAAUCGGACACAUGAAUUCAGCGUUAUUUUUGAACUUGCAACACGUUGCUCUCGAAACUACGGUCCCGCCUUUGAUGUUCCCCGCAGGGGAAAAAGAAUCCUUCACAACUGACAAAAACACAAAAUCAACGGAACAAAUUUAACUCAGUGUGUGAACAGACGGAUGGUAACAAAUCCUGUCAAAUACUAACUUUUGUGAAUAUCAAGUGCCUAAUGGAGUAAACAUACAAGCAAGUAAUACAUUAGUAGUAAAGAAAGAAAACAAGUAAAUCAAGUGCCAAUACAAACAAGCAAAACAGCUAAUACUAGCGAUAAUAAUAGUUAUAGUACCACUAAUAGAAUGAGAAAUCCGAGAUCAUCUAGUUAGGCUAUAGAAUUAAGGGUAAAGUACAUUUCCCCCCCUACCCUCAACACUGCGGUAAACAGUAACGCAAAAUCAAAAGCAAGGACACAGUGAAUUUCACGUUAUGCGUAUUUUAAUAUAAUUUCCGUUCGGUUUAGUUUGUACAUAAAAAAACAGAUUUCCUUUUGUGCGAAGCACAAACAAAAC